AUGUCGACGCCAUCAAACGCUUGCAUCAAGGAGUUGCCACGGAACCUGAUUUUGCAUCUGAAGCGUUUUGAUUACGAUAUGGACACCAUGCGACGUAUCAAGAUUAACGACCGCUUCGAGUUUCCUUCGAGACUGGACAUGGAGCCCUACACGAUUGACUACCUGACUCGGAAAGAGCAAGCACAGGAUGGCGCUGCCUCCUCGCCCACGACCGCUCAGAUGCCGGAGCAGGACAAGUCGGCCGCAUUCCAGUACAACCUCGUGGGUGUCCUCGUCCAUACAGGCACAGCGGAUUCGGGACACUACUACUCUUACAUCAAGGAUCGGACCGGUUCGAGUUCAGGAUCUCCCGAUGACAACACGCGCUGGUACCAUUUCAACGACUCCAGAGUGGACGAGUUUGACGUCAGUGAGCUCCCUUCGAAGGCAUUCGGAGGAUCCGAGUUCAUUCCUCAGGACUCUUCUCCAUACAUGAAGUCCCCGCCCCGAUCGACCUCCAAGCCAUACAGUGCCUAUAUGCUGUUCUACGAGCGCGCUGAUGCGGCCAUCAACGACUCACCUGCAGGUUUGGUCGAAGCUCCCGGGAACAUCAAGGACGUAGUUGUCAAGGAAAACACUUCCCUCCUGAAGGAUCUGGCUCUGUUUGAUCGUCUCUAUUACCACUUCGUGUGGGACCUCUUCACCAUGCCGCAGGGGGUCCAUCAUUCUACUCACGACGGGGAUGCCGUUAUCAAACAGGAGGAGUCUCUUGAGUACCUCUCGAUGCAGUACGGACUGGAGUUCUUCUUUUCCGUUCUCAUCCAUGCGAGAGACGUCGAUCAGGAACUAUUGCAGUGGACGCGCUUCUUGUCGUCUCUGUUUGCCAAAUACCCUCAAGGCUGCGUGGAUCUUCUGCGCAAUCUGACCAACAGCCCGGCGCAUUUGACGAACAUUCUCCUGAUGUGCCCCAUCACACAGGUUCGAGAGGCAGUGAUUGAGCUGAUAUUCGAGGCUCUCCGUCACCUCCGCCAGAAGGAUAGAGUCGCUUACGGAUUGGUGAACACUGCUCGGCCUCGCGUGUUUGCUUCGAGCUCGGACCCCACCGUUGAUGACGAAGACGAGGAGGAGACGGCCAUCUGCGCUCAGGGCUCAAUCAUUCAAGAAUUCGUUCAUGCCCUUCUCGGCCUACUUCCGGAAGCGCGUACCAACUGGCGCAACUUUGACGAGUACUUCAAGUUGAUGUACGAGAUUACCCAACUCGGACGCGCGGAAAAGGCCUUGAUGAUUCGCGAAGGAUUCAUUGCAGAACUCACCGAGUUUUACCUUGCGGACGAAAAGAACGACUUCAAGAAGAAAAAGAUGGGCGACAAGUUUACAAAGCCUUCUUUCCGGUACCUGUUACUGGCGCUGCAGGAAGUCAUCUCUUGCUGUGACGUCCUUCGGUCCUAUGAGAUCCUCCAGUCCGGCAACUCUGCGAGGAGAUCUUCAGGAAACAGCAACCAUAGAAACUCGGUAUCGGUCUCUUCAUCCUCCUCGUUGCCGUCGUCGCCCACAUCCAGCACUAACUCGGACGAUGCUGCGGUGGAUCAGGAUACGCAUCUGCCCAGUGCAUCACCAGAGCUUGACCAGACAGCGAUUCUGUCGCGUGCAGACUUUGGUGCCCUGUUCUACUGCCAAGGAUCUGCAGGCCCGUCGUCGGAGAAGUCUAUUGUUUUUCUCUCCAAGAUGCUCAUGGAUCGUAUCGACAGCCACAUUAUCUCUGCCAUUGUCAUGCACCUCUCCGUGCAGCCGUUAAUUGGGACUCGCUUUUUGGAUUCGCUCAACACGUACAUCGAGUUUGCCAACGACGAGCAGUUUUCCACCAUUCUGCAGAUCUACAAGGAGUUUGUGCAAUUGGCCGAUGAAGGCCUGGAGGGCAGGGUUGAGCACAUUCUUGGGCAGUUAACUAGGGUUCUCGACCGGUCGCCACAGUCAAAUGUUGCGUACGAGUGCCUCGACUUUUUCCGUACCAUUUCUGACUUUGGACAGUGUGGUCGAUUUGCACAAGCUUGGCUUCUGAGGAACUGUAAGGUGUGGCUCCAGGAGUUGAUGUUGUCCCAGAGUGAAUCUGACACACGAAUGCGCGCACGCCAAUUCUACAUGGAGCUGCUAAGUUCUGAGCGGGCUUUCAACGGGUGGGAUGAUGAGCAGGCUGCCGCCGCCUCAGCUCAGCACUUUGGCAGACUCUUGGAACUGAUGAAGUUGUUGCCUGACCUCCUCGCCUACUAUCCUAUGCACUCACGACGAGAUGAAGACGAUAACGGCUGGAAGCUGGUGGAGUAUUUUACUGCUUUAACUGAGCUUGUGAAAAGCGACACGGAGCGCAACAUGUUUUUCCAUAGCUGGUCUGGCUUCCUCGAGAUUCUUACAAAGAUCGAUAACCAGCAGAUCAAUCUUGACUAUGACAAGAAGGAAAUGAUGAUGUUCUGGGGCAAGGUCAUGAACGAGGAUCAGGACCGAAACAAGCUUCUGGCGGACUUCAAGCCAGUCGGUGCUCUGUUGCGAAAGUUCUAUGUGUGCCUUCAGAACAACCCCCAGAACAUCCAGUUCCACAAGGAGAUCCUCCCAAUCUACUUUGGACUAGUUCUGCGCUUCAGCCAGCUCUCUCACACAUUCCUACUCGAGUGGGUUCAUUGCCACAACUACACAUGGGCAAUUGGAGCCAUGAAGUGGGGCGCGUUCAGUAUCCAUUGUCCACCUGAGCUUGACCAACUGCUUCAGUACACGUUAACCAAGGUCCCCUUAUUCCGACAGGAAUGCUGGCGCACCGUGCCAAGUCCUGAACGCGGUCUGCUCCCAUUCACUCAGUUAGCGCGCGCAAUGUUUGAACCUGAAAAUGCGGAUGCCGGAGCAUUGUUCUAUCAACACCGCGGCCUGGUUUAUCUAACUGAUGCUAUCCACAAUGCAAGCAUGGCAGGCACUGUCACUAGCGAGCCCGAUUUUUUCGCGGUGGAUAUUCUUCGACUCCUCUGCGACUACCUCUGUCAAAUGACAGUUUGCCGUAACACACCAGCUUUUGCAGAGGCGAUGGAUCACUGGAGCAACAUUGAUACGGCGAUCUCGUUUUUGACAGGAAACUUGAUGUGGGCAGCGCCUGCGCAAGUGUACACUGACUCGAUCAAGAUUCUAGAAGUAAUUGCGCAGGAGGCAACAUACACACAGGCAGCUCCUAUUCUCACUGCCCUGGACAGAGCACACUGUGAAUGGAGGGAUGUGGUUGAGUCUGGAGUAGUAACUGAGAACCAAGUGAAAAACGUCUUCAGUGGAGCGAACUCACCUUUCUACCGACUGGGAGCAAUCGAGUUUCAACAGAGUGGCGCAGGUGUGAGUUCACCCCCGAUCCGACUGGGGCCAGUUAUGUUUUUCCACCCCGAGCUUUUCGAACGAUUGGACCAUGUGGAUGCGGAAAAUGUGAUGCAGAAUUGGUAUGAGCCUUACUGGACUUUGGCUUGUACGGUGUGCAAAAUGGAUGGCGGAGAGGGUCAGAAGCACAAGCCCAUCGAACUUGCGGCGCUCAUGGGAUUGGAGCAAAUCGAGGUGGGGUCAUUGGUUCAUUUAGGCAUACUUUGCGACACAGCGGAGGAAAGCCUUGGAGAUGAUGAUGCGGCACUCGCACUGCAAAACCCGUAUGUUGCCCUGUUCGUGCAGCGGUUCUUGGAACGCAAUCGAUGCAUUGAAGAAUUGACGGAAAGUCAGCUGAACGGAUGUGCCACGUUGGUCCAGAGUGUUGCUGGCAACUUGGAGAAGGGUUUUUUGGAUUUGGCUAUCGAGGGUAACUUCACGCGUGCAGAGGAAGUCAUUGAACGACGACGACCAGCUGGGCCAACCACCAUGGAAGGUCUUCAUCCCAGUGAUCCGACUGAUCAGUCGUUGACCCUUGAAAAAGAUGCUCAGACCUUGCUUACAGCCCUGCAAAAUCUCAGGAUCUUGGGUGUUGGCAAGCUCAGUGGUGAGAAGGUGGAGGCGAUUCGGUUGAAGCAACUGCAGGAGAGCUUGGCUGAGGUUAAGCCUCAGUUGUCGGGAGCACAUGCAUCGGCACUGUCAACAGUUUUUCCUGUGGAGGCGAUUAACAUAGAGCCAGCAAGUCAUAUUGCGGCGGCAGAGCCCCCAGUAGGCGAUGACCCUGGAGUUGUCGCAGUUACAGCUCAGGAGCCUAGCUUGACUCCUGUGACUGAAGGCGGAGCUGAUGUUGAUAGCAGUGAUGGAUCGAUGGAGGAGGACGAUGGUACGAUGAUGUCUGGAGUGAUCCAGCACCAGCCGAAGUCGGCGGAAGAAGUUGUGAAAGGAGGAGAGGUCAUUGUCGGAGAGAAGGAGGGCGAAGUGACAGCAGAAUGA